AUGGCUGAACCUGCUAAUCCUAAUAUAACAAACGAUGACAAUGAUGAUAAUAAUGACAGUGAAAUUGUUAACGAAAACAGUGAACAAAAGGGUGAAACUGAUAAUGAAGACGUUAUUUAUGAAGAUGAAGAGGACGAUAUAAAAUUAGAACAGCAACAACCGGGUAAUUAUUAUGAUUACUACGAUAACAGCUGUGGUAAUAACGCUCAAAAUAACGAUUAUUUUGACUACGAUGCUGGUAAUAAUAAUUUAAAUAGUAAUGAUAACGAUGAUGAUGAUGAUGGUGGGUUAGAUGAUGAAACAUAUCGUGUUUUUUUACAUCAGCUGAUUAAAGCAAGAAAAUCAAGUGCGGCUAAACGUAAACAAGGACAAUUUAUCCCGGCAACUAAGAAGUAUUUAAAUUCUCGUUUUGGACAACGUUCAAAGUUACUAACACCAAACCUAAUCAAAAAUUUAUUGUACCAUGUGAGAAUAUUAUUAAUGGAAAAAUACCAGUUGAAAAUAUAUCACCGGCAGACAGGGGGUUAAUGCACUACAUUACCGACAAGUCCACAGCGACAGAAGACAUACGAUUACAUUUAUUGGAGGAUUUUCGUUUAAACUUUUAUUUCUGCGAAGGGUUAAAAGUAUAGAGGAAGACCAUGGGGGACAACAUAAGACUGCUAACAUUAAUCGACGCCGAAAAGCACAACAAUCUAAUGUUGCUGCUACAAGACCUAACAAACCGGCAAAAAAUACUUGACGAUUCGAAACGAACACCUGCAGAAGCUGAACUUGUUGAUAGUCAUGGGGAAAUGGUAACGAGUGUGAAAAAUAAAUCAUCUUUGGGACCCGCAAACAUUGUCAAUUAUAUGCGUAAAAAAGAUAAAUAUCUUGGAGAACUUGCUAAAAACGUGGAACAUCUACAUCUACAUACUGUACAAUUGCAUACCAUGAGCAAAAAAUUAAAAAACACUUAAAACUUAAGGGUAUAGUAGCUGUGCCGAAAGGUAUAAAACACGCUGGCAAAACUCUGAAUAUUGCAUAUGAGGAUAUGAUUGAUUAUUUAACACAUAAUUUUGCAAAAACAAAGACAAAUUUAUCUAACGCUCAAACCGACAAAGUUCUUCUCAUGUUAAAGAAAUCGCGUAUGCCUGCAAAGUAUAUACGCAACAGGGAACUACAUAAAAAAUACAGAGAUCUUGAAGUAGCAGAAACGCCGGAACCCAUACUACAAACCUCCCCACCAGCUUACCGGACAGACGAAAGUCCACGCGGUCGACCUAUGAAAGCGGCGCAGUUGCGCAAAAGAAAAUUGGGAGAACCAUGUGAUUAUAUGGUGGACGGAUAUCUUCAAUCAUUUUCAUAG